UCCCUCGCUCUUCUGUCUCUACUCUCUACCUUUGAAUCAAUUUUAGGGGUAUUCACACAGAAAACAAACAGAAACACAAAAGGGGAAAAAAAAAUAAAAAAGAAACCUAAAAACAAAUCAAAACCACACCCCCCUUAGCUUCUCUCUUCCUUCCUUCCACCUUCUCGUAAUACGCCCUCCAAUGGAGGAACACGCUUAGACACACACACACAACAAAAGAAAAUCGUGUCUUCUUUCCUUCGUUUCAAUAGAAAAAACGGUACCAAACAUUGAAAGCUCCAAUAAAGUAGAAUAAAAUCCUAAUUAGCCAUCCAUGGCGGGCGUGGUUUCGAAGCAGCCCAUGAGCACCACCACAACACCCAACAAAAAAGACUCAACGUCGUCGUCAUCAUCGAACCUCCUGCUAGGUCGGUUUGAGAUCGGAAAACUGCUAGGUCACGGAACAUUCGCGAAGGUGUACUGCGCAAAGAACGUGAAAACCGGAGAAUGGGUGGCAAUAAAGGUGAUAGACAAAGAGAAGAUUCUAAAAGGAGGGCUGGUGGCGCACAUCAAGCGCGAGAUCUCAAUCCUCCGGCGCGUCCGCCACCCUAACAUCGUUCAGCUCUUCGAGGUAAUGGCAACCAAAACCAAAAUCUACUUCGUCAUGGAAUACGUCCGCGGCGGCGAGCUCUUCAACAAGGUUGCAAAAGGAAGACUCAAAGAAGAAGUCGCCAGAAAGUACUUCCAGCAAUUAAUCUCCGCCGUCGGAUUCUGUCACGAGAGAGGCGUCUACCACCGCGACCUCAAACCCGAGAAUCUCCUCCUCGACGAGAACGGUAACCUUAAGGUCUCCGAUUUCGGCCUCAGCGCAGUCUCCGAUCAAAUUCGCCAGGACGGUUUGUUCCACACGUUCUGCGGGACUCCGGCCUACGUGGCACCGGAGGUUCUCGGUCGAAAGGGCUACGACGGCGCAAAAGUUGAUCUGUGGUCUUGCGGUGUCGUUUUGUUCGUUUUGAUGGCAGGGUACUUGCCGUUUCACGAUCAGAACGUGAUGCAGAUGUAUAAGAAGAUCUACAAAGGUGAAUUCCGGUGCCCUAGGUGGUUCUCCCCUGAUCUCGCCAAUCUCCUCACCAGGCUCCUCGACACUAAGCCCGAGACGCGGAUCGCCAUUCCCGAAAUCAUGCAGAACAAGUGGUUCAAGAAAGGCUUCAAGCAAAUCAAGUUCUAUGUCGAAGACGAUAGGCUCUGUAGUUUCGAUGAUACUGAAAACAUGAUCAUGGAGGAUCAUAAUGUUAAUAGCAUUAAUAGCAGUAAUCAUCCUUCUAAUAUCAGUAACUGCGGAGACGAUGACAACGCUUCUGUUUCGGAUUACGCUGAAUCUGAUUCUGAGGUUGAGAUUAAGAGAAGACAUAGCGUUAGCAAUCCUCCUUUGCCUCGGCCUGCGAGUUUGAAUGCGUUCGACAUAAUUUCGUUUUCCAAAGGAUUCGAUCUGUCUGGAUUGUUCGAGGAGAAAGGGGACGAGGCCAGGUUUGUGACGUCGGCGCCGGUUGGGAAGAUUAUAUCGAAAUUGGAGGAGAUUGCACACUUGGUUAGAUUCUCGGUGAGGAAGAAGGAUUGCAGGGUGAGCUUGGAAGGAACAAGGGAAGGUUUGACGGGUCCAUUGACGAUUGCUGUUGAGAUAUUCGAGCUGACACCGAAGCUUGUAGUAGUUGAGGUGAAGAAAAAAGGAGGAGACAGAGCAGAGUAUGAGAGGUUCUGCAACAAUGAAUUGAGGCCUGGAUUGAUGAACUUGAUGAAAGAGGAGGAAUCCUGUUCAUCCAGUUUUAGUAGCUCUGCUUCUCCUGCCAAUGGAAUUAGCAGCGAUUCUACUCCUCAUUAUCAUCAUCACCAUCCCCCAUUGCUGCGUGUGCUUUCAGAACCUGCCAAUAAGAUAUCUUCUGCUUUGGAUGAUCCUGUCGAGUAUCGACCUCCAGCUUCAGAGGCUUAAUUUAAUUCGUUACAGAGUCUUUGUGUAUGUAUGGUAAUUCAUAAAUUAAAUUCUUUUUGCACCCUCUAUUACCAGGAGUAGGUUUGCAUCUUUUAGUGAUGCUAUCAUCAAAUUUAUGUCUUCUAAUUCGAAAGUAUAGUUAAAUGGAGUAUAUAUUUCUACA